AUGUCGGGACACACCCGUCAUUGCAGGUUCUACUGGAUGCCCCUGGCCGUUUGCUUGGGUCAUGAAUGCUUCCCACGGCGCAUUGUGGUGGCAAGCGCCGAAUUGUGCCAAGAUAUCUGCUCUUCGACAGCCGCGACUCCUUGCGCGCCUCUCGCAGCCCGGCCGGGAGAGGCUCAGCCUUGGAACGGGAGCCCCAGGGCCUGGUCGUGGCAGAGGGCGGCGGCCCCCGCGGGUUCCCCAGAGGUGCUCUGGCAGAUCCUCCAGCUGGCCGACGAGGUCCGAGCGUCUCCUGACCUCAAAGCUGCCCUGGCCAUCAACUGGGCUUUCCUGGAAGGUAACUUCGCCCGCUUCUUCCGCUUGGCUCGGGAGCUCCCUUACCUGCCCAGCUGCGCCCUCCAUCCCCACCUGGCCAGGGCCCGGCAGCUGGCCUUGCUCACGUUCAGCCACGGCUUCAGUGCGAGGAACUGCCGCUACCCUCUGGCCCGGCUGACCCACCUGCUGGCCACCGACAGCCCCGAAGAGGCUGCUGAAUUGUGCCGGGCGCACGGCUUGACCAUCACCGAGGACAGCGUUGUCUUCCAGAAGAGUGCCUUCAAGAGCGCGGCUCCCCUGGAGAACAAGGUUUCCCGUCUCCUUGUGGAUGAGAAAUGGAAGGGGACCCUGCUGGAACUCUCGGAGAGCGUCUGCAGCUGAAGUGGCACGUGGGUUUCACGCUGGGCGGGUGGCCGCUACUCUCUUCUCUUUGCACGCGUGAAAUAACGAUCCACCUUUAAAUCCUGGCUGCAGAUUCUGGGAAUCUCUCCCAGUAUGUAGAAAACUAGCUCAUCAGGGGGGUGUUUCCAGCAAAUCAUGUGGUGCUUCUUUAUAGCCUGAAGUGGUCCUCUGUGCUCUGCUACAUGGGUAACCCUGUCAUUUGCUGCUUGGAUUAGAGCAGUGUUUCUCAACCUUGGCCACUUUCAGAUGGGUGGACUUCAACUCCCAGAAUU